AGAACUAUUUUCCAGCGUGACGUAGCGCGUCAUCUGACCAAUCGCUGUCGAGCUGAGGCUGAUAUUAAGAGAAAGUUUACAGUGAGUGAGGGUUACACCGUUUUUUCAUUCUCACUGACAUUUCCACUCCAAACGGGAUUCAAACGUGACACACAGUCUGGACUCAUGAGAUCGUUUUAAUUUUAUUCAAUCGCAAGGACUUGAAACUGCAGGAUAUUGAUCAGAAGUCAGAAAUAUCCCGGGAAUUUCCUUCCAGAAAGAGGGACGGUGGAAAAACAUAUAUUUUGAGAAGAAAUUACUAUCGGAGAGCCAUUGUUUAUUUCCAAGUUUCACUGUUUUGCUCGGAAGGGCUCAGGCGGGGGAGCAGAAUGCCUCAAAAAGAAUACCAUAACCAACCCACGUGGGAAUCAGGAGUGGCGUCCAUGAUGCAAAACAGUCACAGCGGCGUCAACCAGCUCGGCGGGGUGUUUGUGAACGGCAGACCGUUACCGGACUCCACCAGACAGAAGAUCGUCGAACUCGCUCACAGCGGAGCGCGACCCUGCGACAUCUCCAGGAUUUUGCAGACCCAUGAUGAUGCAAAAGUCCAACUGGACAAUAAGAACGUGUCCAAUGGGUGUGUGAGCAAGAUUCUGGGGAGAUAUUAUGAGACCGGCUCCAUCCGACCACGAGCCAUCGGAGGGAGCAAACCGAGGGUAGCGACGCCUGAAGUGGUCGGCAAAAUAGCGCAGUACAAGAGGGAGUGUCCCUCUAUAUUUGCCUGGGAAAUUCGGGACAGACUGCUGUCUGAGGGGGUGUGCACCAACGAUAACAUACCCAGCGUGUCGUCGAUAAAUCGAGUCCUACGCAACCUGGCUAGCGAAAAGCAACAGAUGGGUGCAGAUGGCAUGUACGACAAGCUGAGAAUGCUCAACGGGCAGACCGGCACGUGGGGGACGCGCCCGGGAUGGUACCCUGGUACGUCUGUGCCAGGACAACCAAAUCAAGCAGAUGGUUGCCAGCAACAGGACAACAGUGGCGAGAACACGAACUCCAUCAGCUCAAACGGCGAGGACUCAGAUGAGACUCAAAUGCGACUGCAAUUGAAAAGAAAACUGCAAAGAAACCGAACGUCGUUCACUCAGGAGCAGAUCGAAGCCCUGGAAAAAGAGUUUGAAAGAACCCACUAUCCAGAUGUUUUCGCAAGAGAAAGACUUGCAGCAAAAAUUGACCUUCCGGAAGCUAGAAUACAGGUAUGGUUCUCAAACAGAAGAGCGAAAUGGAGGAGGGAAGAGAAGCUGAGGAACCAGCGACGACAAGCCAGCAAUUCCUCCAGUCACAUUCCCAUCAGCAGCAGUUUCAACACGAGCGUCUACCAGGCAAUCCCACAACCCACCACUCCUGUGUCCUUCACAACAGGGUCAAUGCUGGGCCGCUCAGACACGGCUCUGACCAACUCGUACACGGGUUUGCCUCCGAUGCCCAGCUUCACAAUGGCCAACAACCUGCCUAUGCAACCAAGCCAGACAUCUUCCUAUUCCUGCAUGCUGCCCACCAGUCCGUCCGUGAAUGGGCGAAGCUACGACACAUACACACCCCCUCAUAUGCAGGCACACAUGAACAGCCAAACAAUGGCAACUUCUGGUACCACCUCAACAGGACUCAUCUCCCCUGGAGUGUCUGUCCCUGUCCAAGUUCCCGGAACUGAGCCAGACAUGUCUCAGUAUUGGUCAAGAUUACAGUAAAGAAAAGAGUUACUUCGCCCUUUGACUUCCACACAGAGACUAAGAGAGAACCCGGACCUCUGCAGCAGUAUUUUCACAAACACACAGACAGACACACACAAAUAAACACGGGGACGAGGCGGCGUGUGGUCUCUUCACAGUCGGAAAACUUUGCGGCACUACCUUUAAGAGGAAAAACUGACACUAGAGAGACUUUAAUGGAACAAAACGCAACAAACCUCUGCUACAUCCACAUUUUUUUUUUUUUUUUUUUGUUGUAUUUGUACAUUUAUAUGUAAAGAGGAAAAGACAAUUCAACAGCCAAAAGAUAUGUUAGUCUCACAUCCAUUGUGAACAACAUAUUGGGACUGUUUUCUGCUGUGCUAAUAUCAGGAUUAUGGAUCAGACUUCAUACAGGCCCAUAUCAAACCAGCGAAGCAGAAACAUACCAAGAGGAGACGCCCACUAGAGUUACCGGCUACGAGGACGAAGCUCAAAUCAACCCACAACGGCUUCAGUUGACGACAUACUAUUGUACCUACAAAAGGAACAACAGCCAUUAUGUAAAUUACUGAGUACUUUUUAAUUAUGUAUGAGGGUUGGGAGAUGAGUCGACGGAUUCUGAGGCCGCUCGCGCUUGAUAAUUUAUUGGGAAGUUAUCGUACGGUAGACUUUGGCAUCAAACUAACACUCAUCCAUUCUGCUACUGUCCAAUUGUAAGUAUUUGUUUUCCCUAGAAAUUUCCUCUCGGAAUUAUCGCGGAACAUAAAUAUAUUCUUAUUUGUAUUGCCCCGAGAAAAAUCUUUAAUUGUUUUAUACAGAUUUUCAUGCAUCGUUAAAAAAAAAGAAAAAAAAGAAAAAGAAAAGGAAAACAUUUCUUUAGGUCAGGUACAAGUUGUCUAUUAGGUAUAGUUGUAUUAUAGUGUCCUACGGUCAAAUAAUUUUGUGAGACUAGAAAUAUUUAAUUCCAAUAAUUAUGAUUAAAAACGCUUGACAGAGUUUUUUUUUUUUUUAAAAAAACAAAACGUAAGUGUUUGGCAGUUGUUUACAAGUACAUAUCAGACUUAAACCAUUGUUGAUUGUAAAAACAGACCAAAGCCUUUGUAUUUCAUCUAUUACACAACAAUCUUAAUCUUCUCUCUCUUUUUUUUUUAAUCGUUAGUCUUGUGUUGCUACAUUUUGUAAAGGAAAAAAAAGUCGUUUUACAUUCUAGUACACUGGCUUCGAGUACAUUCGACUGCGGCUUAAUCACGCAGUCAUUUAUUUAUGAUCGACAACCGUUUGUGGUUUUAAAAAACAUCUCUUGAAUUCUGCGUUUUUGUUGUGUACCUGAAACAUGAACACUUGUAAUGGUUUUUUGUGUCAGAGCAAUGCUUUGGAAAACAAAAGGUCUACCCUGUCUUGCAGAUAUUUCAAUUUAACUUUAUUUAAAAGCUUUCUAAAUGUAUUUUGUGAAAACUAUUAAAACAUUUUGUACAGUA